AGUGCUCUCUCUCUUUCUUCUAUGGAAGAUUUAAAACCCUAAACCAGUAACCACCACCAUGCCCAGACCUCAAUUUCUUCCCGCCAUUUCCAUAUUCUUCCCGAGUACCUAUUUUUUCCUCCUCCCCCCAUAGAAAUGCCACUCAGAUCCCCGCGCCAUGGACAGGGACGCCCGCAACUUGAUGCGUCCGAUCAACUCCGAUUUCACCUCGUCGUCGCUUUCCUCUAAUUCCGACUUGUUCCGCAGCGUUCAGGCCACCUUUAACCGCCACCGCCCCCUUGAGACAAGCAUUAGGCCGAAGCGGAUGUUGGCUCCCCGGAGAGAAGUAACGAAAAGUUCGGAUUCAAGUGUGACUCACACUGACUGUAAGAACUCGAGAGAUGCAGAUACCAAGGGGCAGGAUAAUACCGUAAAGGACUCGAUUGUGCAGCCACCUCCUAUUGCUAAGGAAGCUCAAGAAGAUGCAUCUGUUACGGUAGUUUCCCAUUCCAGCAGUAUCACCCACAUGUUUGAUGAGAACUUAGAUGUGCCCAUAGAUCGAACCAAGCCUGACGCUGGUGCUAAAGAUGUGUCUUCCUGUCACUUUGAGUCUCGAGGGAGUGAUGCUCAAAAGAAGGUUCAAUUUUUAGUUGGAACUGCUGCUUCUUCGCUGGGGGCUGAUGAUAAUAUGGCUACUCAGUCAGAGACGCUAUCAUCUCAUAUGCGUUCACUUGCAUUGGCAGAAAUGGAGUGGGUCUCUACUAGUCAAGCAGACACAUCAGCUGUCAUAAAUCAUGACUCAAAGCAUCAGAAUAUUGUGAAUGCAGAACCCAAAAGCUGUCUGAAGUCUGGUGGUGGAAUUUCCUUUUUGGCGAAGAGAACUACUGCAGUUCAAGAUCAGUUGCACCAGUUUAGGAACUUCUUAAGCCAGCCUAUGACACAAUCCUCAGUUGUUGGGCCAUCAUGUGCUACUACAACGUCUGUCCAUGCUACUUCAGCACCCAUGUCGACAAUUUAUUGUUCUAGUUUGCAUCAUGGAUCUCAUGUGCCAGUAGACCCCUUGAAGGAUUCAUAUGUAAACCCUCAACCAAUAAAUGCUGCUGUAAGGGCCACCAGUGCAAUGUCCAAUCCCCAGAUAGCUCUUGCAACCCAACCUUUAACCCCUGCAGUUGAUACCCAAAACGACGGUAAUGAACAUAACCUUUCUAAAGAACAGAACGGCUGCAAUCUGUUGGAGAGUGAAUAUCGGGAAAAUCCUUCUGUUUCCAAUGUAAAGAAAACUGAAGCCGAAGCGUGUGCAGAAGAUGUUGCCACUGCACGAUCUCAGGUUACUUUGCCCCCAAAUUUAUGUUCUGAUACAAAGUCUGAGCCCUUAGAAUCAACAAAACAAGAAAAAGCUGCAACUGGUAAAGCUGCUCCAGCUCCUCGUAAAAAGAAUAAAGAUUCUGACUUGUUUAUUAAAGUUAAUGGGAAGCUCUAUCAGAGGCUAGGAAAAAUUGGUAGCGGAGGCAGCAGUGAGGUCCACAAAGUCAUAUCAUCAGACUGUACAAUCUAUGCACUUAAGAAAAUCAAGUUGAAAGGGCGUGACUAUGCCACCGCAUUUGGUUUUUGUCAGGAAAUUGAAUAUCUGAAUAAGCUGAAAGGAAAAAGCCACAUCAUACAGCUUAUAGACUAUGAGGUGACAGAUAAGGCUUUACUGCAUGCAGUAUUGAGUGGCUCCAUAAAUAAUAAAGAUGGCAGAGUCAAGGAUGAUGGGUACAUAUACAUGGUACUUGAAUAUGGAGAAAUUGAUUUGGCUCACAUGCUCUCCCAGAAGUGGAAGGAGAUGGAUGGAUCAAAUCAGACUAUAGAUGAGAACUGGCUACGAUUCUAUUGGCAGCAAAUUCUUUUGGCAGUCAGCACCAUACAUGAAGAGCGUAUUGUGCACUCCGACUUGAAGCCCGCCAACUUCCUUCUUGUCAGAGGCUCCCUUAAGCUAAUUGAUUUUGGGAUCGCUAAAGCUAUAAUGAGUGAUACAACCAACAUCCAACGAGAUUCUCAGGUGGGUACACUAAGUUACAUGUCUCCAGAGGCAUUCAUGUGCAAUGAGACUGAUGCAGAUGGAAACACUAUCAAGUGUGGUCGGCCAUCAGACAUUUGGUCCCUUGGUUGCAUCCUUUAUCAGAUGGUAUAUGGCAGGACCCCGUUUGCAGACUACAAGACCUUCUGGGCUAAGUUCAAAGUUAUAACAGAUCCUAACCAUCAAAUUGCAUAUGAAACAGUUUCUAACCCUUGGCUUCUGGACCUUAUGAGGAAAUGCCUUGCCUGGGACCGCAAUGACAGAUGGAGGAUCCCUGAACUACUUCAGCACCCUUUUCUUGUUCCCCCAGUUCCAACCCAGCCAUCUUCUCAUGAGCCCAGCUGUAAAUUGCUUAGACUUAUUGGCCAAAAUUGUACCAGUGGUUCUGAAGCCUCGAGCCUUUAUUGUCAGCUUAAGCAACUGCUUGAGAACCCUUUGCCAUCCACAACGUCUCAGUUAUUACCAUCGCCUGACCAACAAUGUACAUUGCUCUCGCAAGUGUCAAAAGUUUGCCUCCAGCUCCAGGAACACUUUCAAAGAGAUACAUAGGUGAUGAGCUAAGCCUAUGAUCAUUGUCACCCUUAUGUUUGGUGGCCAAGAUGUUUUAGCUCACUUAGCUGCUCUGGGGUUAGGGAUUUCAUGCCUGGUUGCUUACAUAUCAUUUUCUUUCCAUAUUUUGUAUUGAUAUGUAAUCCCGCUGUGUUAUAUUGUUCUGGCUGUUUAGAAUAGAAAGCAGAGAUUGUUGUGACAUGUGUUUUGUCUUGGUGAAUCAUAUAUAUACCAAACCAUAUGCAGCACAAUCUAUGGAAGAUUGUAAG